AUGGAUAAAUCAGAAACUGUUGAUUGUCUAGAAAAAAACAUGAAUGGUAAAAAGAAUUUUAAACGAGCAUGGCGAGAUGAGGAUGACAAAAAAUCCAACAAAGAACAGAGAAAACUUUUGAAACAAAAGUAUGUUGGAAUUGUUGGUAAACCAAAAUGGGCCGAAAUCACUACAGAUCAAUCGAAAAAAGUAUUACUAGAUGAUGAAGAUGAAGAUUUGGAUUUGCUUAAAUACAGUGGUAAUUUAGCUCGUACAAAAAAAGGAGUAAAUUUGGCUAAAGGUUUGAUUGGUAUAAAAAAAUUACACAAUUUAAAUUUGUCAACGUCAUCUUGUGGAAAAAUUGUUAAAUCAGUAGAAUUUCAUCCAACAUCCAGCUUAGCAUUAAUUGCUGGUAUCUCAGGAAGAGCUUCAAUUGUACAGGUUGAUGGAUUUAAAAAUGAUAAACUACAAUCUAUUAAAUUUCAAAAAUUUGCUAUCGACUGUGCACAUUUUACUGUUGAUGGAAAACAGUUUGUAGCUGGCUCCAGGACACAAAGAAAUUUUUACUGCUAUGAUUUAAUGGAAGGAAGGUCAAUGUUUGUUCCUGUUCAUCACAAUAUUGGACAGACUAGAAUGGAUAACUUUUGCAUGUCACCUGAUGGAAAGUUAAUAGCUUCUUGUGGAAAGUAUGGCGAGAUUCAUUUAUUUACUGCUAAGAGCAAAGAAUGGAUAACUACAUUAAAGAUGAAUGGUGCAGCAAAUUCCCUAACUUUCACCAAUGAUGGCAAGAGAAUGUAUUCCUUUGGAGAAAAUGGAGAAAUUUUUGAAUGGGAUAUGAACAGUCGGACGUGUAUAAAGAAAUUUAUGGAUGACGGUUGUCUCCAAGGCACUAGUUUAGCUCUAUCAGGAGACAAUCAGUAUUUGGCAGCUGGCUCGUCAUCAGGUGUUGUAAAUUUGUAUAAAUUACCUUGCGAUGUAAAUCCAAAGCCAGAUAAAACCAUUUUAAACUUGCUAACCACUGUUUCAAAAUUAAGCUUCAACAAAAGUUCUGAUAUUUUAGCUAUGGUUUCUAAUCAAAAGAAUGAUGCAAUUAAAUUGUUGCAUGUACCAUCUAAAACUGUGUUUUCUAAUUUCCCUACAACAUCCGAUAAUGUUGGGAAAGUUAAUUGUAUAGAUUUCUCACCCAACGGUGGAUACCUUGGUUUAUCCAAUAAUAAAUCCGAAGCUCUACUGUAUAGAUUGACACAUUUCAAAAACUACUAG